UGAGACAGUUACAUCAUUACGUUUGCCGGCCCGGUGUACGACUUCCUCUACAUUUGCUACCUGUUUGGAGGACUAACAAAACUCUCCUACAGUUUCUCAACAUAAUCAAUUACCGACGUUAGUCAACACCGGCAAGAUGUCCUCUUACGAAGAAGAGAAUGAUUCCAAAUUUAUGCGUAAAGCAAAGGAGAAUCCAUUUGUCCCAGUGGGACUGGCUGGAUUCUUCGCUAUAGUUGGAUACAGACUGUAUAAAAUGAAAAGCAGAGGUGAUACUAAAAUGUCUGUGCACCUGAUCCACAUGCGUGUAGCUGCCCAGGGCUUCGUGGUUGGAGCCAUGACUGCUGGAGUCCUGUAUUCCAUGUAUAAAGACUACAUUGUGAAGCCCAGGGAAGAGGCGAAAGCACUGGCAAAGAAGUGAAAAUGGACACUUGCACCUACAUGUUCUGUGCCCCUGUUUAUUGCCUCAUAUUAAGGUGUGUAGAACCCUUGUUUCACAGAUGUGUCAAAGUUUUAUAAGCAUAUAUCCCUUCAGAAGCUCCUGAUCACUGCGAAUAUAUAUAUUUAGUCAAUGACACUUCCUUUAAAAAAAAAAUAUAUAUUUUUUUUUUAAAGUAUACCAGAGGUAUUUUUAUAAGUUAUAUUCUUAGAAGGCAGUGUCUUGAGUAUAAUAAUCUCAGUUGUUUUAGUGUGUGCUGGACCCUUGACAUCUUCAAGACCAUCUGGAAACAAAGGGGGCAUUACUGAUGAUAUUUGAAAGAGCCACAGUUUGAUAUUUACAUUUAUUUGUAAUUAUCCACUAUAUUAUUUAAUCUAAACAUGGACACAUUUUAUUUAUUUUUAUAUUUUUUUCUGGAAUGUGUUUUUGUUUUGUUUUUUCCCAGACAGGUACUUGAAAAGGUCCAAAUAGGAUGCAUUAUAAGUUGAUUGGUGAUUCUACAUUGUCCAUAGGAGUAUGUAUGCAAGGUUGUUUGUGUUCUUUGUCUGUGUCUCGAGAGUGUGUUCUGGUUCUCACUCAGUGACAGCUAGGAAAACCUCCAGCCUCCCCCAUAGCCCUGAACAGGAUGAUGCAGGUAUAGGUAUCAGAUGGCUUUUAACUUUUUUAAAGAAAAAUGAGGUACACUCUAAACUGUACUGUAUCUUGUGAGAUGUCACUUACCUUGUGAUAUCAUUAAAUAGAUACAUUUAUAAGUUAUUCACAACAUUGAGCCUUGAAGGUUGUGUACAAUUACAUCAUGUGCUGUUUCUGAAAUGUUGUUGAAAUUGUAAACUGUUAAUUGUCUGAAAAUGUGUUUCAACUGCUAAUGUCUUGUUUCUUACUUUUUGGCACCAUAAUGUAUUCUAAUAUAUAAUUAGCUUCCAAGAUGUUAGAUACAUUUAUGGAAGCUAAAAUUAAUGCAAACAGUUAAACUCUCUUUUUUGUUUUCAUCAAGGAUCAAUGACACAUUUCUCAAUAUUACCUUUCCACUAUCUUUCAAAUAAAGAUGCUCUGUUCUCACAAA